CCCUCACCAGUCUGUUAGCAUAUCACUCUUACACAAGGACUUUGUAGUUUUAAGCUACUGUAAACGACUGACAGACACAAAUGAACACCUGAUGAACACAUGUAUAUUUUUAUCAUUUGUACCCGAAGCAAAAACGUUAUUUCCGGCUGCGGUUGCGUUCGUAUUUGACCUUUUAACGUAACGUUACUUGUAGCUAACGUGGCUAAAGCUCAAUGGCUAACAGCUAACUGUCAGUGAGCUGAGAGUUGAGCCAUGUGGUUGAAGUUAUAUUACUUACUUCUAUUAACAGUGUCCUAGUUGUAUUUAGUCGGACAUUACCAGCAGAAUGAGGGCUUGUUUUGGUGUUAAAACACAGCUGCUCAUCAGCAGAGUCUUCAGUCGUCCAUCAACAGCAGUGCGAUGGCGAGCAGCUCAGACCAGACUCCUCUGCAGCCCUCCAACCGGCGAGGAAAAGCCCCGGCACUCCAUGCUGCGACACCUGACCACCAAAAUAAAAGCCACAGGUCCGAUUCCUGUGGCGGAGUACAUGAGAGAGGUGCUCACCAACCCAGUGACGGGUUAUUACGUGAGGAACAACAUGCUGGGACCGGACGGAGAUUUCAUCACGUCACCAGAAAUCAGUCAGAUCUUCGGAGAACUGCUCGGCGUGUGGAUCAUCAGCGAGUGGAUGGCAGCCGGUCGACCCAAACAGCUGCAGCUGGUCGAGCUCGGACCUGGGAAAGGAUCGCUGGCCAGCGACGUCCUCCGAGUGUUCAGCCAGUUGCGGUCCGUGCUGGGCGGAGCCUCCGUGUCCCUCCACCUGGUGGAGGUGAGUCCGGCGCUGAGUCGUCUUCAGGCCCAGAGUCUGACCGGGAGCCACAGCCAGGAGGCGCACGCCGGCGAGGCUGAGCCGGUGUACCGCCGCGGGGAAACCGCCGGCGGGCUGCCGGUGUCCUGGUACCGGCGCCUGGAGGAUGUCCCCGCAGGAUUCAGCAUCUUUCUCGCUCACGAGUUCUUUGACGCUCUGCCCAUCCACAAAUUUCAGCGGACGCAGAAAGGCUGGAGGGAGGUGAUGGUGGACAUCGACCCGGAGAAGCCCGACCAGCUGAGGUUCGUCGUGGCACCGUCUCCCACUCUGGCCUCGUCCACGCUCGUACAGGCAGAUGAAGGGCGUGGCCAUGUGGAGGUGUGUGCGGAGGGCGGAGUCAUCAUCCAGCAGCUGGCCCGGAGGAUCCUAGAAGACGGCGGCGCGGCGCUGAUUGGCGACUACGGCCACGACGGAACCAAGACGGACACGUUCAGGGGUUUUAAAGGCCACCGUCUCCACGACGUCCUGUCCUCUCCCGGCUCGGCCGACCUCACCGCCGACGUGGACUUCAGCUUCCUGCGGAGGAUGGCCGGAGGGGGCGUGGCCUGUCUGGGACCCGUCCCACAGAGGAUCUUCCUGAAAAACAUGGGCAUCGACUCCCGGAUGCAGGUUCUGCUGAGGAGCUGCGGCGACGCGUCCACCCGGCAGCAGCUGAUCGCCAGCUACGACGUGCUGACCAACCCGGCCAAGAUGGGCGAGCGCUUCCACUUCUUCGGCCUGCUGCACCCCCGCCGGCUGGCCCGGCCUGCCCCGCCGGCGGGGCUGACGCUGGAGAAGAAGCCGAGCCCGGCGCCGCUGCCUGUGGCCGGGUUCACCGAGCUCAGCUUCUCCUGAACACUUUGACCCGAAGCUCGGAGAAGCUCGGAGAAGCUCGGAGAAGCUCGGAGAAGCUCGGAGAAGCUCGGAGGCCGUCGGGACUUUUCUAGAGAGGUUACGGAGCUCAGACGGACAGUACGGGACAUUUCUAGGGCUGUGCUCGAUUGAAGAACUUCUUAGUCGACUAACACUCAUUCAGUUGUACCGACUAAUUGA